CCCUCGUUUAAAACACUGAGCGCCUCCAUCAUCCGACUGUGCUGUAGUGUGGUGUUCAGGCAUGGCCACCUCCAGCCUCAAUACUGCCAGGGUUAGACUGUAUUUUGACUAUCCUCCUCCUGCAACACCUGAGUGUCGGAUGUGCUGGUUGCUGGUGGAUCUGAACAAAUGCCGAGUUGUCGCAGAUCUUUCCAGCAUCAUAAAGGAAAAGUUUGGCUACAGCCGCAAGACUAUUUUAGACUUGUUUAUUGAGGAAUGCUACCUGCCUUCUGCUGAGAGUAUUUAUAUAGUGCGUGAUAAUGACAGUGUAAGAGUGAAAGUGUCCAGUCCUGUUCAGGUUAACGGAACCGAGGCUGAAGCACAAAACUCCAAAAGCAAAAAAAGAGGAAGAGAGGAUGAGACUCAGACCUGUGAUGGCCUGAGUAAAAAACAGAAGCCAGAAGAUGCUCAAAUGAAUGGUUUAGCACCUGACGAGGAUGACAAAAAGAAGAAAAAGAAAAAGAAGAAGAAGAAAAAAGAGGUGAAAGAGUCCGUCACCAAACCUGCUACUCCUCAAAAGAGCACUGCAACACCUUCUUCUACCAAAAGUAAAAGCACUUCUGCUGUGGCAUCCAGUGACAAAUUGAACCAUACAAAGAAUCAUAAACCAGCAUCAAGCUCUUCAGACAGCAGUGAGGACGAGUCUCAGAAAAAGGCCCCUCCACCAAAACCCAAACCUAACAAGAAGCCUAUUGGACCUGCACAGAAAGAAAGCACAGAGUCAUCAUCUUCGGAUGAAACAGAGAAACCUAAAAGUAGCAUCCUGCUUCCUAUUACUUCUAAACCAUCCAGCGGCACUUCAAAACUUCAGACACCUCAGCGGAGAGAGAGCUCAUCAUCAUCAUCAUCACCAAUCAUCAAGAAAUCACAAGCAGCAGGUCAACUGUCCUCAACCACUCAAAAAUCACUUCAGCCGGUUUCAUCUUCUGUGCCUACAAAGCCUCAGGAUGAGGGAGAGAGCUCCGACUCUGAUGAGAGUGAAAUAGAGCUUGUGAUUAAAAAACCAAACCUGCAAGGACUGGGGCUGAGAAUUGCAGGGGUGAGCCCCGGGUUUGGUGAAUCAGUAGGCAGAGGCAGAGGGAACGCACAGGGGCAGGAGAGAGGCAGAGGGCGAGGGGUGAAUCGUGGCAGAGGAGGUUUCAGCAGAGCCAGGGGAACGCCGUGGAAACAAAACUUUCAUUACAGCUAUGAAAAUGAAGAGAGACAGAAACCGGACGACUCUCUGACCAAUGAAAGUUUUAUUUUACAGAAUCCACCUGAAUCAGCUCCCAAACGGGACUACACUACUUUACCUUUGCUGGCUGCUCCUCCUGCAGUGGGUCAAAAGAUUGCCUUCAAGCUUUUGGAGCUGACAGAGAACUACACUCCAGAGGUGUCUGAUUAUAAAGAAGGAAAGAUUCUAGCAUUCAAUCCUCAAACAAAAGUGACGGAGCUGGAACUGCUCUCUCGGCCUCAAGCUCCAGCUGAACCUGGAAAGUUUGACCUGGUCUACCAGAAUCCUGAUGGCUCAGAGAGAGUAGAGUAUGCUGUCACACAGGGUUCACAGCUGACUGAGCGCUGGGAUUCUCUCCUGGAGCCCCGACUCAUUGUGGAGAAUGCCGAAUGACGGUCAGAUAAAAACAUGCAGCCUGAGCCAGACCUGUACAGAUAACCUUUUUAUUUUUAAUGCUGUUUUGUCGAAAUGAUGUAAAAUGGUAUUAAUGUUUUAUUUUAUUCUCAAUGUCAGUUGAAUAAAUUUGUGCUUUUUUUUCGUUUUGUUUUUUAAAUGACUUAUUGACUGUUUAUGCAGGGAAUGCACAAUGUUUAUUGAGCUGCUGAGAUUUUAUUUGUAGGAACGAAUAGUUUAUUACAUUUUACACUUUGUGCUGAAAGCUUCUAUUGCUUUUUGCGCCGAUUUAUUUGUUAGAAGAAAUUAAUCUAAUCAAUACAUGUUCAGUUUAAUUGUUUACGUUGUUUUGCAUGUCUAACAGUCUUGACAAUUAAAGUUUUUAUAAUUUUCAUGAAUAA